GAUUGUACAAGUCUUACAACUCUUCCAAGAAAGAUUGAUAUGGAAGCUCUGAAAAUACUUGUACUUUCUGGUUGCUUGAAGUUGAAGACGUUUCCACAGAUUCUACGAAGUAUGGAAUUUCUAGUGGAGCUUUGUUUAGACAGAACUCCGAUUAAAGAAUUACCAUUCCCAGUUGAACAUCUAAAGGGAAUUGUUUUGUUGAGUAUGGAAGACUGCAAGAAUCUUGUGACUCUUCCAACAAAUAUAAAUGAUUUGAAAUCUCUCAAAACUCUGUCAAUCUCUGGUUGCUUCAAACUUGAAAAUGUACCAGAGAAUUUGGGGCAAGUAGAAAAUUUGGAGAAGCUUGAUGUAAGUGGAACUGCUAUAAGGCGACCAACGUCCUCCAUUUUUUUCAUGAAGAAUCUUAAGGAGUUAUCUUUUCGCGGCUGCAAAGGACCGCCAUCAAGCUCAUGGUAUUUGCCUUUCCCAUUCAAUUUGAUGUCAGGUCGAAGAUCAGAUCCCAUCAUCACUUUGAAGUUGCCUUCACUGUCAGGUUUGCCAUCAUUGACAGACUUAGAUCUCAGUGACUGCAAUCUAGGACCAAUCCCCAGUGAAGUUGGCAACUUAGUUUCAUUGCAAAAGCUACAUUUAGGAAAGAACAAUUUUGUGUCACUUCCUAGCAGCAUCAAUCGUCUUCCUAAGCUUAUGGAACUUUGUUUGGAUAAUUGUCAUGGGCUUCAAUCAUUGCCAGAACUUCCACCGAAUUUAAAUUGCCUUCUUGUAGAUCAUUGUACUUCACUAGAAAGAUUUCCAAAUGCAUUAUGCAUAACACCAUAUCGUGUACAAUACACUUCUUGUGUGAAUUGCUUGAAAUUGAGUGACUACAAAACCAGUGUGGCAUCAACACCAAAGGAAAUGCCCAAUUCAACAGCUGACGUUACCAAUAUUUUUAUUCCUGGAAGUGAAGUUCCGAAGUGGUUCAGCCAUCAGAGUGAGGGUUCUUCAAUAAGAAUAAAAUGUCUUCCAGACAUGAAGUAGAAGGGAUUCUUUGUCACCGCUGUUCUUUUUACCCGGAAGCAUUUUCCUGCCCUCAAUAAUAAUGCUUGCAUUCGUUAUCAAGGCAAUCAAGAAGGGAGAAAUCCUUUCCAUUCGUGUGUUAUACCUGAAGAUAUAUUUGUCUACGGUACAGUUUCAGACCAUCUUUGGCUACUCUAUAUCCCAAUCUGCUACUUCGACAUGGUGCCGCAUAAAUAUUUUGGGUUUGAAUUUAAGACACGAGAGUGCCUAGCAGUGACUGUGAGUAGGUGUGCGGCCCAUCCGAUAUAUGAAGAAGAAUUGGUCGAGUUUGACUAUCCAACAGAACAAUGCAGUAGUAGCUCUAUUUCUGGGAAUAAUUUGAUUGAAUAUCACCAAGAUUUUGUUACAUCAGAAAUGGAUGCUGCUGCAACUAAGCGAAGCCUUGUUGAAUAUGAUGGCGCAGAAACUAGUGGAAUCGAUGAGGAACCACAACCCAAAAGGCAGAAAAACUCAGAAUUCUCUUGAUCACCUUGAAGGGUAAUGAACAAGUCGUUCCUGAAAUUGAUAUGGAUGGUGGAAUCUUUGGUUGAAGUGGAUGUGAUUGAAAGACUCUUUCUAAUUUAGUUGUUUAAAUAAUUCUGAAUUUCAGAUGAUGACAUGACAUCUCUAUUAUGAAAG